AUAUUAGCUCAGAGGGCUGCUGAGGUGGAGCCUGUCAUAAGUUUCAAGGAAAGAGAAAGAGAACUCGCACAUGCAUAAGUAUUUGCUUCUGUAACUGUAGACAGCUGUCUGCCAUGGACAAAAUAUACUGAUUGACCAGAAUGGCAUCUGAACUGCAGGGGACCAACACAAAACUGUUCUCAGUUUUUCUUCAGGACCUUCAAAAGGAGAGACAUUUCUGUUGUCAUCAGAGAGUAAAACCUUUGGCUGAAGUUUUCCACAAAAUGCAUCAGUCAGACAUUCAGUACCGCAAAGUGCGAUGGUUUUUGACCAUUGUCGGACUGCUGUUGUAUGUGGUGGACACUGGGACAGACAUUAAACGGACCAUUAGGUAUAUUUUUGAGAAACAUUUUUUGUGGGCUGGGCUGUCUGUGCUGUUCAAUCUGGCUGGGCUGGUGGUGACGCAGAUCUUCAGCUAUGUCUGGUACAGGGACGACAUGAAAAACGUUCUAAUAAAUCCUGAAGGGAAGACACCAGUUUCAGGCAUGUCCAAAGUUGGACUUGCUGUCUUGCACUUACUUGGCAUGGGCAUCUUCGCCAGGUACUAUCACCUGCUGAAACAAGGACACAAAUUGCUUUGGACAACCCAAGAUUCCUAUACAGUGGAAGAGAGGAGAAAUAUUCACCACAAUCUGUUUUGCAUGGCUGCUGAUCUGAGCAUGCUCAAACUGUUUGAGUGUUUCUUGGAGAGUGUCCCCCAGCUGCUUCUACAACUACACAUCGUGCUGGGCCAUGGAGAGUGCUCAGUACUGGAGAUUUUAUCUAUGGUGCUCACCUUCCUUAGCACUGCCUGGGCCCUGGUGGACUAUCGCCGUUGCCUACGCAGAUCCAUCCCUGAUGUCAGGGAGAUGCCCUCUGGCCUCCCCACAGUAAUCUACCUCCUCUACAAACUUUGUACAAUCACCAGCCACAUCCUCAGCUACACCCUCCUCCUCAUGCUGAGCGUCUACAGCACAAUAGCCCUGACCUUCCUCUGGCUGGUGGGGAUGACCUGGACGCACUUGCUUCAGACCAACUUCUGCAGGUCCAAAGGGCUUGAGUUUCUGUACCGAGCAGUCAUCGGAGUCAUCCUCAUGUUCACCUUUUUCAAUGUCAAAGGACAGAACACCAGAUCAGCCAUGAUCAUCUACUACUUUUUCUAUUCUCUUUUAAACUUUUCAGCCCCUGCCCUGCUGGCAUGUUUGAAGCCAGAGUUGAUGACAGCCACGGCUUUAGUGGUAAUCAGUGUUUUAAUCCUCGGGUUUACAGUGUUGGGACUGGUGUAUCUCGUGCUGUACUACGUCCUCCUGCAUCCCAGAGGGACGUGGCGAGAGGCGGAUGAGGUGGACGGUCCUGGAAAUGGAGCAGACGCCACAAGGCGAAUAAGGAGAUUUUUACAGCCUUGAUAAGUUUUUUUAAAAAGCCUUUUUCUAAGGCUGGUUACAGAAAAAGAAUCUGAAACUAUGUGCGAAUUUGAUGGAAAAAAGAAAAACAGAGACUGUACAGAGAUGCUGCUGUCAAGUUGUUUUGUUACAUUCUGAGGGGACAUUUACCUUUUCAUUCAUGAUACAAACUGCUAGCUAAGCAACUGAGUGCAAUAUUUAUUUACCUUUUACUUAUUACUGUUUUCAUAAACUUGUCAAUGUAUUUAUUAUCAUCAUGUCUAUAAAAAGUCAUUUAUUUGCUAACAACAAUAAUGGAAGAUGAAGAUAGCAUAACUCAGGGUAAUUGAGACUGUUCAUCAAUAUUACGAUGUAAUAUAAAAUUAUAUUCUACUAAAAA